AACAAGAGAUGGCUGUCUGGUUUGGAAUUUGGAUGGUUGGUUUUUAUUCUCUUCACUUCUUCUUCUUCUUCGUCUUCGCAUUCCUCUUCUUCGUAGCUAUCAAAUUCCGUGGAGAGGAGUGGACAACGUCCGCUUGCCUUUUCUCUCUCAGCUAUAAGGAUUGGAAAUUAAGCUCUCCCUCACCUUUUUUUCUCUCUUUAAUACGCUUGCUAUCUAUCUUAAACUCAGCUCUGGGGAGGGUUUUCUCUGGGACUCGGGGGAUUUUGGUUAGGGAAUGAGGGUUCCCGCGGGGAUCGCUAGAGUCACUGCUUGGUGAUGGAGGGAAAUCGUAACACGUCUUAUAACUUUCAAUGGAUUUUGAUGCUGGAAUUCCGAUCUCCCGCACUGGUCCUCCACCUGUGACUGAGGAACCCUCUCUGUCACCGUCGUUGAACCAAGAUGCAAUGUGGCAUAUGGACCUGAGAUCAAAUGAAGUGACGGAAUCUGGGCUCUAUCCGGAGCGUUCCGGAGAGCCUGAUUGUUCUUAUUACAUCAGGACAGGUCUUUGUAGAUUUGGAGCUACAUGUCGAUUUAAUCAUCCUCCUAACAGAAAGCUGGCUAUAGCUGCUGCAAGGAUGAAAGGGGAAUUUCCAGAAAGGAUGGGACAACCUGAAUGCCAGUACUAUCUAAAGACAGGAACUUGCAAGUUUGGAGCCACAUGCAAGUUUCAUCAUCCAAAAGACAAGGCUGGGAUUGCUGGAAGAGUAUCCUUAAAUAUUUUGGGGUAUCCACUUCGAUCGAAUGAGAUUGACUGUGCUUACUACUUAAGAACUGGGCAAUGCAAGUUUGGAAGCACUUGUAAAUUCCACCAUCCUCAACCAACUAAUGUGAUAGUACCAUUACGCAGUUCCCCUAUUUAUCCUACUGUCCAGUCUCCAACAACUCCAGGUCAGCAAUCCUACCCAGGAGGACUUACAAACUGGUCAAGAGCAUCUUUCAUUACCAGCCCACGUUGGCAGGCUCCUUCAAGUUAUACACCUCUUAUUUUAUCUCAAGGAGUAGUAUCUGUUUCAGGCUGGAACUCAUACAGUGGUCAGCUGGGAUCAGUUUCUUCUCCAGAGGGUCAGCAACAAACAGGAAACAGUCAGAUGUAUGGAACCUCCCGCCAGAAUGAAUGGAUGAAUACAGGAUCUCAAGGGGCACUUUCUCCAUUCCGCUCUGGCUCUGUCCCAGUAGGAUUUUAUGCAUUGCAAAGAGAGAAUGACUUUCCUGAGAGACCUGGGCAGCCUGAAUGCCAGUUUUACAUGAAGACUGGGGACUGUAAGUUUGGUGCAGUUUGUAGAUUCCAUCAUCCAAGAGAAAGGUUAAUUCCUGCUCCAGACUGUGUCUUGAGCCCCAUAGGCCUUCCUUUACGCCCAGGAGAACCUUUGUGCAUCUUCUAUUCUCGUUAUGGUGUCUGCAAAUUUGGUCCAAGUUGCAAGUUUGACCACCCUAUGGGAAUUUUCACAUACAAUCUAUCAUCAUCAUCUUCAGCUGAUGCCCCAGUACAAUAUCUGGGGCCAUCAUCAGGAUCUGCUGCAUUAACUUUAUCACCAGAAGGGCUUGUUGAAGCAGGCUCAACAAAGCCCAGGCGACUUUCCCUUUCAGAGCCUAGACGGAUGCCUUCUGGUGAUGAUAAUAUUGACACAGAAGGAUAGAUGCUGUCUUAGUAUUUAUUAGUCACAAUGUUUUGGUCAAUAAACAAGUAUUGCCUGUAAAUUCAUUUCCCAUUGCUGGAGAUGUACAGAGUCCAUGCCAAGUUGAAAAUGCAAUUCAUUUCAGACUUUGCCCUCUGAAUUUCUUGCCGCAUUGUAUAAUCUGCAAAUAUUGUCACAUUUGGUAAUCUUGUGCAAAUAUUUGACCCGUCUCAAGAUCCUUUUUC